AUGCUCCCUCAUGGCGGUGCUCCCGCGAACAUUCCGCUAGCUCAUCCUCAUGGCCAUCAGCAGGCAUCUCAACAAGCUCAUUUGCAAGCGCCUCCAGAACUUGUCUCGUGGCUUAACACCGUUCUUGCUCCAGUAGCCGACGAGUACGGCCGACCUGAGCUGCUUUUGUGUCUUCAUGGAACAGUGUCUGCAGUUAUCGGGAACUCCACUUAUAGAAUCCCUGUGGAGAUCUGGAUUCCUAAAGCAUACCCAUAUAGCCCACCGUUUGCUUUUGUCAGACCAACUCAGGAUAUGCUCAUUCACCCCGGAAAUUACGUUGAUACAAAUGGCCGAUGUUAUCACCCAUAUCUUUCUCAUUGGCACGAAAGCGUUCAAAACUCUUCAAUUUUGGAACUUGUUCGGCUUUUAGGUAUUGCAUUUGGCAAGGAGCCACCAGUUUAUGCUAAACCGCCCAAUUACCAGCCACCACCACCAUCUCAACAACAGCAUCAACAGCAACCACAACCGCAACUGCAACAGCAACAGCAACCACAACCGCAACUGCAACCACAAUCGCAAUCGCUACCGCAAGCUCAACCUCAACCUCAACCUCAACCUCAACCCCAACUACAACCUGCCCAACAACAGCCGCAGCUCCAACAAAAUCAUCCGCAUGCUACGGCUUCUCCCUUGGCAAGACAAUCAUCUGUCACGCGAGGAAAUCUUCAUGCUCCACCUCCACUGCCUCCGCAUCCCGAAACACCCACCCGGUUAUCACACUUCUCUGGUCAAUCAUCGCCUUUAAAUCCCCAGCAUAGUGGUUCAAGUUCUAUCAAUACACCUCUUUCACCUACUCAUACCGGUAAUGGUCCUCCAAUCCCGCCGCUUCCACAACAAUUUUCGGGAACCAGACAGUCACCAGCACUUUCCAAUACCCCAUUACCUACAGGUACUACUACAAACCAAACAAUACCAAUAACACUUCCAAGUCAUACCACCGUUCCUCAAGGUAUCUUGCCGUAUUCUGUUACCCGUGAUGUCAACUCUUCUGUGGGACAACGGCCAGCAUGGGCUAAACAGCAGCUUGAUAUCAUGGAUAUGACUGAUACAGCCACCCCCAGUGUUUCUGGAACAGCCCCAUCAGGCUCAAAUAUUGUAGGGGCUGCAACUCCGCCAAAACUUCCGCCCAAUCCUCAAAAAAUUCGAGCUGCCAAUGAUGUCCAUGCUGCAUUGACUGAGAUUGUAGAAAAGGAACUACAGCCUAUGGUUGCACAUAAUGAUAUUCGCUUGCUGCAAACUCGGGAAACCUUGUUAUGGAUGGAGCGCGCUGUCAAUAAUGAACUCACUGAUUUGGACCGUAUUACCGCUGCAUCUCAAGAAAAUGAAGCUAUUUUAACGCAAAAGAUUUCACAAGCAAAAGCCGUUAUAGAAGAUGCAAAGUCGCGCGAAGAGCCCAAGAUUGAUGAGGUUGUAUGUGCAGAAACCGUUGUUUACAAUCAACUUUAUGAUUUGGUCUCGGAGUCCUAUGCGAUUGACGAUACACUCUACGUGUUAAGUAAAGCAUUAGAUAAAGGUCGAAUUUCUCUAGAAUCGUUUCUUAGACACACAAGAAUUCUUUCGCGUGAACAGUUCAUGAAAAGGGCUUUGGUAGACAAGAUUUCGACUCAGUUGGGACUGGCAGCCAAUGUUUAUUAG